AGAUGAUUAACAAGGCAACCUUUCCAAAGAUCAGCUUGUCUUCCUGGAGGAACUCCUUUUUACUCAAGCUGAUGAGGGAGGCAGAGUGGCUAUUUAGUGGCGACGUUGUGGACAUCUAUCAGCGUGAGUUUCUGGCUCUCCGGGACCGUCUGCAUGCUGCCGAACAGGAAAGUCUGAAGCGCUCCAAAGAGCUGAACCUGGUUCUGGAUGAGAUCAAGCGUGCCAUCUCAGAGAAGCAGGCCUUGAGGGACAUCAACCGGACAUGGAGCAGCUUGUCCGAUGAAACCAAGUUAAAGCUGUGGAACAUCACCAACAAGAACGUGCUGCAUCUUCCCACCAUCUUCCAUCAUUUGCCACAUUUGCUGUCAAAGGAGAACAGUCUGCAGCCAGCUGUGCAUGUGGGACAGGGGCGCACUGGAGUGUCCAUCGUGAUGGGAAUCCCCAGCGUGAAGCGGGAGGUGCACUCCUACCUGACGGACACGCUCAACUCUCUGAUCUCGGAGCUCACCCAGCAAGAGAAGGAGGACUGCGUGAUCGUUGUCCUGAUUGCUGAGAAAUCCAGUGAGCAUGGGAAGUCUCAGCGACGGAUGCGCAGUAUACGACCGGAGUGGCAGAGAACAUCAAAACCUUCUGGGGACUGGAGACAUGACAGUUUCGGCUUGCAUUGCUUGGUGAAAAGCAAUUGCUGCUUCAUCGACAUAGUGGCAUCUGUGGUGCGAAGCAGCAUUUCAGCUCCUGCUGAGGAAAGGUUUCCCAAGGAAAUACACUCUGGUCUCCUGGAAGUCAUUUCCCCGUCGCCACACUUCUACCCUGAUUUCUCCCGCUUGCGGGAAUCGUUUGGGGAUCCUAAGGAGAGAGUCAGGUGGAGAACUAAACAGAACCUCGACUACUGCUUUCUAAUGAUGUAUGCACAGUCCAAAGGCAUCUACUACGUGCAGCUGGAGGAUGACAUUGUGGCCAAACCAAACUAUCUCAGCACAAUGAAGAACUUUGCUCUGCAGCAGCCGUCUGAGGAGUGGAUGAUCCUGGAGUUCUCCCAGCUCGGGUUUAUUGGGAAGAUGUUCAAGUCACUGGACCUCAGCUUGAUUGUAGAGUUCAUUCUCAUGUUCUACAAGGACAAGCCCAUCGACUGGCUCCUGGACCACAUCCUCUGGGUCAAAGUCUGCAACCCAGAGAAAGAUGCAAAACAUUGCGACAGACAGAAAGCCAACUUGAGGAUUCGCUUCAAGCCCUCGCUCUUCCAGCAUGUGGGAACCCACUCCUCCUUGGCUGGGAAGAUACAGAAACUAAAAGACAAAGAUUUUGGAAAGCAAGCCCUGCGGAAAGAGCAUGUCAACCCUCCGGCAGAGGUGAGCACCAGUCUGAAAACCUACCAGCAUUUCACCCUGGAGAAGGCCUACCUGCGAGAGGACUUCUUCUGGGCUUUCACCCCUGCGGCCGGAGACUUCAUCCGAUUCAGAUUCUUCAAACCUCUCCGCAUUGAAAGGUUCUUCUUCCGCAGUGGCAACAUCGAGCACCCAGAAGACAAACUCUUCAACACAACCGUGGAGGUUUUGCCGUUCGAUAGUCUCCAGUCAGAUAAGGAAGCCCUGCAGGAGGGAAGAGGUACAGCAUUCAAGUACCACAGGACAUCAGACGGCUACAUACAGAUAGGCACCUUUUUGAAGGGUGUUGCAGAAGGAGAAGUGGACCCUUCCUUUGGGCCUCUCGAAGCCAUCCGGCUCUCCAUCCAGACCGACUCUCCUGUGUGGAUCAUCUUGAGUGAGAUCUUUAUUAAGAAGGCAGAAUGAGAUUCCCAGGCUGACGGGUGGCGGCACCAAGCAGUUCCAGAUUCUUCCCCUCCCCCUUCCUCUUGCUCCCAUCCCCGAGUCUGCAGUGUCUGGGCAACCCAGUUGUGAGCACGUGUGUGCAUAGCACCACCCUCUGCUCCAAGGCUGGAAGAAGAAAAAUCUGCAGUCAAGAGACAAGGACCCCAGCAAGCACCACACUAGACUGCAGGACAGAAACACGUUCCCACACGUGGGUGCUGGGCAGAAUUAAACAAGGCCGCAUCGUGCCAGCACUGGCACACGUCUGCAGCCACCUCUGCUAGGGCGCAGAGGCUGGGGCAGGACAGGGCAGCCCCUCCUCUGUGGCCGUCUGAAGAGCAAGGAAGAACUGCUUUCCAGUGCAAAGGUUUGAUUUUGUUCCCUCGGGUAAGGACCAUGCUGUCACUAAUCCUCUCGUGGGUGUUUCCGACUGAGUGUAUCACUUGGGUCACGCUAAUACGCAGUGCGGUUUAGCAUUGUCCUGAAACUAAGGACCUAACAUGCAUGAAGGCCAAAGGCACCUUCCACCCAGGGGAGGGUGGUCUCUGGCUGGGCUGGAGGAGGUAAGGUAGGGUGGUCUGUGGCAGGAGCAGUAUGAGGGAACCUCAAUCUUGACAUGAACCAGUGGAGACUGAAUUCCCAUUACUGGCUGCCAGACAGGGUUGACUUGACAUACAUUGGAGGAACAGCCAAGAGUCUGCCUCCCUAGUCUUUCCCUCCCUCAAACCAGGGGCAGUUGCUGUGGGCCAAAGCUGAGGACUGCGUGAGUAUGAAGACUGAGCCCUCUCUUGGUCCAAGAGAGGGGAUUAGCUGUAUGGAGAUGGCAGGGAAAUAGAAAACCACACUGUGCCUGCCAGUGUUGUACAUGGCCCUGUAGCUCAUGUUGAAGUCUCCAGUGCCUUCAUGCCAUGAGAUGAAGUGCAAAAUCCAUCUUUUUAAGAAAUAUUUCAGUAUCCUGGUUGAUGUGAAUUUUUGGAAAAAAGUAGCCCAGUUCUAAAAUGGUAGGGAUUAGUGUAAUAUUUUCAGAGCAACUUUCUGGAAUCCCAAUGUUUCUUCAGCUAUACACUGGAAUGCAUUAUACUACUUCAAUGUGCUGUAUUUUUUAUUAUUGGAUACAUUUGAUUUUUCAAGUACAUCUAUAUAUAAAUAUAUAAAAUGUGCACUGUAAUAAAGUUUAAUUUAAAACCC